AUGACACUGAGCGCUGUUGCCCGGUUUACCCAGGCGUCGGCCGUACUGAUACUACUGCUGAACCUGCGCGACUCGACCGGAAACGCCGCGGAAUCGGACUUCCGCUUCGCCAAGUCGCUGUACAACGUCACCAUACCGGAGAACAGCGUUGCCAAGACGUACGCGACUCAGCCCCCGGGCGCCGAACUGAUGGGGGUGCGCCUGCCGAGCGCGGGGUUUCACGACGUCCGCUACAGAAUCGUCGAAGGCGAUAAGGACAAGUUUUUCAAGACCGAGCAUCGAUUGGUGGGGGAUUUUUGCUUUCUUUUUAUACGAAUUAAGACGGGCAACAACGACGUUUUGAAUCGCGAGAGGAAGGAUAAGUAUAUACUGCAAGUGAGGGCUACGGCGGCUGUAAGAGAAAGCCUUCAGAAGUUUACGUAUUCCACCGACACAACUGUUGUUGUUACGGUGUUGGAUACGAACGAUUUAAACCCUCUGUUUUACCCCACGGAAUAUAACGCAACAGUGUACGAAGACACCCCUCUACAUCAAAGCAUUCUACGGGUGAAUGCAGAAGACGCAGAUUUGGGGAAAAACGGCGAAAUAUACUACAGCUUCCUGGAGGAGACGGAACAGUUUGCUAUACACCCAAAAACCGGCGAAAUUUCUUUAAGUAAACCUUUACGGUUCAACGAAGGUACCUACCAUGAACUCACCGUGUUAGGACAAGACCGUGGCGCCUUAUUCCAUCAAAAAAGCACUGGGAUGCUGAGCAAAGCUAAAGUACGCAUAAAAGUGAAGAAAGUCAACUUCUACCCGCCCGAGAUUCGAAUCAGACGCCUCCCGCAAAUCGUAGAAAACUCCAACGCGGAUAUAUACGCGAUUGUGAACGUGUCGGAUCGCGAUCAAGGUAUACAUGGCGAAAUAGCAAGUCUAGACAUAGUGGAUGGGGACCCGGACGGUCAUUUCCGAAUAAGACCUACAAAACAACUCGGCGAGUUCAACAUUGAAGUUCUGAAAUUGCUGGAUAGAGAGUCCACACCUCUAGGGUACACUCUCACGUUGAGGGCUGUGGAUAGAGGUACCCCGGCUAAAGAGACGUACAAAAGCGUUCCAGUGCAGCUUACAGAUCUCAACGAUAACGCUCCAGUGUUCAACAAGGAGGUGUAUGACGUUAAAGUACCGGAAACCGCCCCUAUAAACACCCCUCUGAUACGGCUUAAAGUCAGCGAUGCAGACGAAGGCACAAACGCUCAGGUUUUUUUGGAGAUCGUAGGCGGAAACGAGGGGUACGAGUUCAAUUUGAACCCCGAGACUGGGAUGUUGUACACCAACAAACUUCUCGACGCGGAGAGCAAGCAGUUUUACAGCUUAACGGUGUCCGCUAUCGACCAAGGUAACGUGGGUACAAGAAAACAAUCAUCAGCGAAAGUCAAAAUAUACGUGGAGGAUACGAACGAUAACGACCCGAUAUUCGACAAGUCGGAAGUGACGGUGUACAUAGACGAGAACAUGCCGGCCGGUACCUCGGUUACCAUGGUGCACGCGCGUGAUAGAGACAGAGGUGAGAACGCUUACAUCUCCUACUUGAUAGCGAACUUGAACAAAGUACCGUUCGAAAUUGAUCACUUCUCGGGGCUCAUUAAAACCACCUCAUUACUGGACUACGAGAGCAUGAAACGCGAGUACAUCUUGCGGUUGAGAGCUUCCGAUUGGGGUUUGCCGUAUAGACGACAAACUGAGAUGCAGUUGACGGUGAAAGUGCGGGAUAUCAACGAUAAUCGACCUCAAUUCGAAAAAAUCGACUGUAUUGGGCACGUGCCGCGUUAUAUCCCCAUAGGUUCGGAGAUAAUAACUCUCUCCGCCAUUGAUUUUGACUCGGGGAACAUCAUAAGCUAUAGAAUCGUUUCGGGGAACGAAGACAACUGCUUCAGCAUUGAAGCUACAUCGGGGACUAUAACGGUGAGUUGCGAUCUGAACGAUCUAAGGGUGUCGGAUAGAGAGUUAAACGUGACAGCUACAGACGGAACGCAUUUCGCUGACAUAGCCAAGGUGCACGUGAAGCUUGUGAACGCCAAGAAAAACGGCAUCACCAGCGGUAAAUUAUUGGCCGAUGAUUUGGGUGCAUUCGAGUGUAAAGAUACCGGAGUCGCUAGACGAUUAACAGAGGUGCUGGCUGAUGCGGAAAACAACAACAAAAUCCACGUGCAAGAGGAGUUUCCCAUGAUGCCAACCAGGUAUGGACAAAACGUCCACUCUCCAGAAUUCGUUGACUUCCCCGUUGAAAUCAAAGUCAACGAGAGUAUACCGUUGGGGACCACAUUGGUGAAACUGCGCGCUAGAGAUAGAGACUUGGGGUACAACGGGAAGUUGGUGUUCGGGAUCUCCGGUGGAGACAAGCACUCGCAGUUUUGCCUGGACAUGGAAUCGGGGGAGUUAAAAAUCAUAGGGUAUUUGGACCGCGAAAAGGAGUACGAGUAUUUCCUCAACGUCAGCGUGUACGAUCUGGGUAAGCCGCAAAAAUCCGCAUCCAGAGUUCUGCCUGUUACAGUGCUCGAUGUAAACGAUAACGCGCCAAAGUUCGAGAAGAAUUUGGCGAGUUUUCGGGUAACGGAGAACGCGAUGAAUGGCACUGUGAUUUUCAGAGCCAACGCUACAGAUUUGGACGAGGGUGAUAACGCUAAAGUCACCUACUCUUUGGCUAGCGAUACCAAAGAUUUCUCUGUUGAUAAAACCACAGGCGAAUUAAGAGUUUCGAACAAUUUGGAUCGCGAAAGACACGAUACAUACGAAUUGAGAAUACGUGCUAGCGACGGUGGUGGUAAGAACCCUGACUACCCCCCUUUAUAUUCCGAAGCCUUAGUGCGUAUAUCAGUGGACGACAUUAACGAUAACGCGCCUAAAUUCAGCCUACCCAACUACAGCGUCAAAAUCCGCGAAGAUAUACCCAAAGGAAGUGUGGUGGCUGUGGUAACUGCAUCGGACCCGGAUCUGGGUGUGGAGGGGGAGGUUAUCUACACACUAGAAGACAGCGAAAGCGACGGUACGUUCAAAAUAGACAAAUUUUCCGGCACCAUUAGGACCACGAAGGCCUUGGACUUCGAGGAGAGGCAGGUGCACAGCUUGUUGGUGUUCGCGAACGACAAGGGCAGUCCCAGUUUGUCUUCCGAGGCGAGUGUCACGGUGAAUGUGGUGGACGUUAACGAAAAUUUGCACGCGCCGUUGUUCAGUGAUUUUGUGCUGGUUGGGAGGGUGAGUGAGAACAAACCCGUUGGGAGUUUUGUGCUAAGGGUGAACGCCAGCGAUGGUGAUCCGCCUGGAGGGGACAGCAAUGUUGAGUACUCUAUACGUGGCGGGGACGGGAUCGGGAUUUUCUCCAUCGAUAGUCAAGGUAAUACUAGAAGAAAGUAA